AUGUCGAAGCGACCGGCCUUGGAGCCUCUCGAGGAAACGUACGACGCGCCAUCGCCGGCCAUGAAGCGCCCAAAAGUCGAGGAUGAAGAAAUGGACGACUCUGAGACAAACGGCGCGACAAGCAAUGGGCAUCUCAUGAAUCCGCGGGUGCAGGAUCAAGAAAAGGUGGACAUCUUGGAAGCUGGCGCAUUAGACGACCAAGACGACGACGAGCCUGUAGUCGCUGCGCCGAAGCGCCAGACGGCCCCAGAAGCCGGGUAUACCGAUCUCUACCUCGACACGAUCAAUCGCAAGGUUCUCGACUUCGACUUUGAGAAGCUGUGCUCCGUCACGCUAUCCAACAUCAACGUCUAUGCUUGUCUGGUGUGUGGGAAAUACUACCAGGGUCGGGGGCCAAAGUCACAAGCAUAUUUCCACGCGCUGGAAGAGGGGCAUCAUGUGUAUGUCAACAUGGAGACAAAGAAGGUCUAUGUGCUUCCAGAGGGCUACGAGGUCAAGUCCAAGUCGCUCGACGACAUCAAGUUUGUCGUAGACCCGCGCAUGAGCAAGGAGGAAGUAGCCAAGUUGGACAAAGAGCCCAAGGUGUCGUGGGACCUGUCGAAUCGCGAAUACAUACCGGGCUUUGUGGGCAUGAACAACAUCAAAGCAAACGACUACUUCAACGUGGUAAUCCAAGCACUGGCGCACGUCGUCCCACUGCGAAACUACUUUAUGCUCGAAGACCUGUCAAGCCGGCCUCAACUCGCCCAGCGCUUCAGCACCCUCGUCCGCAAGAUCUGGAACCCACGCGCCUUCAAAACGCACGUGUCGCCGCACGAACUCCUCCAGGAAAUCGCCCUGCGCUCCUCCAAGCGCUUCACACUAACCGACCAAUCCGACCCCGUCGACUUCCUCUCCUGGUUCCUCAACAACCUGCACCUCGCCGUCGGCGGCUCACGCACAAAACCCAACAGCAGCAUCAUCCAGAAAGUCUUCCAAGGCACGCUGAAAAUCGAACAACAAGAAAUCACGGCCCGCGCCGACGCCGGCGACCGCCUCCGCUUCGAAGACGCGGCCGUCCAAACCGAAACCACAAAAUUCCUCGUCCUAACCCUCGACCUGCCCGCCGCCCCGCUCUUCCAAGACGCACUCGAAAAAAACAUCAUCCCCCAAGUGCCCCUCGUCAACAUCCUCUCCAAAUACAACGGCGUAACGCCGCAGGAAAAAUCAAAAAACAGAGUCCGAUACCGCCUCCUCCACCCGCUACCCCCUUACCUCCUCUUCAACAUCAAGCGCUUCUCCAAAAACAAAUUCGUAGCUGAGCGCAACCCAACUAUCGUCACCUUCCCCGUUCACUCCCUCGACAUGGCGCCCUACGUCGAACCCAAUCCCGCCGAAUAUCCCCCCGGCGAACCCAUCUGGUACGAUCUCGUAGCCAACAUUACGCAUGAGGCGGUUAAGAAGAAGGAUGAUAGUGUUGAGGGCGAGCAGGAAAGCAAGAUUUGGAGAGUACAGGUCAAGGACCGUGCGAGAGAGGAUUGGUAUGGCAUUCAGGAUCUGUUUGUUGAAAAGGAGCGUGCUGAGACGCUGUUUACCAAGGAGGCCUAUCUUAUGGUUUGGGAGAGGAGGAGGGGGCAGAAGGGGAGGGGGAGGUCGUAGGAGGUGGUGGUGGGUAGGGGACGCUGGGCGGGAGGGAGUGAGGAAGGGAAGAGAGAGAGAGAGAGAG